CUUGCGUCAUCCUCUUCGCGCGCUUUUCGAACGGGAAGUUUAGUCCUAACGUGGUUUGCAUUUCUCAAACUUUUGCUGUGUUCUUACGCAACAAAAGUACCAUUUCUGAUCUAAACAAUCUAUUCUGAGCUACAAGUUCGGUUCUUGCCUGGCAGUAUUGGUGAUCCACUGCUACUAGACACGGAAGCCUGUUAAGCGAAAGCUUCUUCUAUUCCGUCCGCAACCAUUUGAACCAUUUGAAUCCGUCUCUGUGAUGACAGUCCAUGUUACGCACUACUUGUCAUUCCCUUGGGAAUUUGUUACCUCACUGUUUUGGAAACGAUAUCCUAACCCUCAUGCAAAGCACGUCUUGUCCGAGGAUGUUUUGGAAAGAUAUCUCCUAUCAGAUGGAAGGUUGUACACUAAAAGGUUGUUAACUAAGAAAAUAUCAAAGAGGAUACCGUUUUGGUUGCUCAAGUUUUUUCCCAAAGGUCAAGUGUCGGUUGUCGAAGAAUCCAUUAUCGACGUUAAUGGUCAACGUGUCGAUGUCGUCUCCAAAAAUUUCGGUGUUUAUAAAAAGUACCUGCUUGUAGGAGAGUACUGCUCGUUGGUACCAUCAGAUGAUCAUUCCGUAACAAAAAUUUCACGCAUACUUUCACUUGAAUCCAAUCUAAAAGGUAUUUUACGUUCAGCUCUCAUGAAAACAUCUCAAACCUACUAUAAUUCCUCAUAUAAGGAUACUUAUUUGGGUUAUAUGUAUCUUUGUAAUACGUGUAGUAACACAUACAGUUUGAAGGAACGACAGUCAUCAACAAACGAUGUACCUAAAAGUUCUGUCAGAACGUUUAGUACAAAUGAAACACAGGAAUACACUUCAUCGAAACUACCACGAGUAGUCAUGGCAGAUUCCGGAUGAUUAAGUGGCGGAAAUUGGGUCAUCAUUUCUUCAUAUUUUUUUGUGUAGUAUUAUUUUUUACGUAGGAUUUAUUGUUUCUUUUCUCCAACUAUGCUCAUGCUACAUAAUACCUUCCUUUCUCACUUGUAUGAAUACGAACGUUUACUACUUGACAAUUCACCGCUUUAGAAUUUAAAAAUUAAACCAAAUAUCUAUGGUUUUCAUUUCAGCGUUUGAUUUCUUCGUUUUCAGUUUGUUUAAUUAUAUUAUUGGGUUCUAACAGUUCUAAACUCUUGAUGUGCGUUUUAUAUAACAGACAAAUAUAUAUGCAUCAUUUAAUGUGCUGAAAUAAAGCAAAGUAGAAAAGAUUUGACAGUUCAAAGUGUAAACUGUAUCGAGAGGAGUUAUCAAGUCAUAUUCUAACUUUUUUGGGUUAUUAUAAUAGUGAAAUAACAGAAAUUCAAAUG